CUUUUGGGAAAAGGAAAGGUUGACAUACAGAAUCAUGAUGCCUUUCUCAACUUGCAAUAAUGAUCAUAGUUUUGGACCAGCUGUCCUAGGCUGCCGAGAUGACUUCGAUUUUACUAUCGAGUUCGAACAGCUAUUCUUCUCUAUCAUACCUUCCGUCAUUUUUAUCGUACUAUCGAUAUGGCGUAUUGCUGUGCUCAGCCGCAGACCAGUCAUUGCAAAUGCUACUCCGGCAUUGCUCUUAGCCAAGUUGGGUACUAUAAUCACGUAUACUGGAACAAACUUAGCCCUCCUGAUCUGGGCGGCAAAGCGGUCUCUAAUCGUAACUGACCUGGCCAUCGCAGCUUCUACUCUGCGCUUGGCCACCGGAGUUUGUAUGAUCGGCCUGUCCUUCCUCGACCACAGGAGGUCCCUCAAACCAUCGAUGCUUCUAAACACCUAUCUAUUCAUUACAACGCUGCUUGAUAUAGCCCAAGUUCGUACUUCGUGGCUAGCAUCUGCCUUUCGACAAGAUCGAGUCUUUUCGGCCAUCUUCACUUCAUCGGUUGUCACCAAAGCUAUCAUCCUGAUUCUCGAAGCGCAGCGUAAGAUGAAUCCCGAGGAAAUUAGUGGGCUCUACAAUUUGGGUGUUUACUUCUGGUUGAAUUCUCUAUUCCUCAACGGAUAUCGCAACGUCCUUCGGAUUGGAGAUCUGUUUCCCCUCGACCAAGCGUUAUGUGGCUCUACCCUCCAGGAGCGUCUAUCCAUACAUCUAAGCUACUCCAAACUCCAGGGUGAUAAGUAUGGUCUUCUGAAAGUACUAGCCCGUACCUUUGCAGUACCAUUACUUUUACCCAUUCCAGCCAGGCUUGCGCUUCUAGGCUUCACGUUCUGCCAGCCAUUUUUCAUCAGCAGCCUUCUAAGCUAUUUAUCUGCACCCGAAGGCUCGAGACCUGUCAAUAUAGGGUAUGGCUUCAUAGGAGCAAGUAUCUUAAUUUAUGGUGGCAUUGCCAUAUCAACAUCGUUCUACUGGUACUUCCACCUUCGAAUGUUGUAUAUGGUGCGCAGCGCUCUCGUGAGCGCCAUAUACCAGAAGACCACUGAACGUCGUCUUGCAGCUGGGGACGACAUGGCUUCUGUGACUCUUAUGAGCACUGAUGUUGAACGCAUCAAUCUAGCCUUCAGGAAUCUUCACGAAUUCUGGGCCAACACCAUCGAAGUCGGCCUCGCAAGUUGGCUCCUAUAUCUUCAAUUGGGUCCUGCUUUUGCAGUACCGAUUGUCACUGUCCUUUGUUGCGCGGCUGUAUUGACAUUCCUUGUAAGAUACGUUGGACGUGCCCAACGAGCUUGGAUGGGCAUGGUCCAAAAACGGGUGGGCUUGACUGCAACAGUCAUCGCCACCAUGAAAGAUGUUAAAAUCUCGGGCUUGGCAACAACUGUCUCUGAUCUCGUGCGAAAGCUACGGAUGGACGAGCUGAAAGCAGGAGCCAUGUCUCGACGACUCUCUCUGACUUCUGCAAUCAUUGCGUGGGUGCCUCUUAUGGUCUCGCCGUUCGUGACCUUUGCCAUCGCUCACCGGCAAAUGGAUGCACAGAAGCUCUUCACUUCGCUUUCGUAUCUCUUGUUACUCUCAAAUCCACUUACUCAGGUGUUCCAGAGCAUUCCUCAAGUCGUGGCAGGGCUUGCUUGUCUCGGUCGUAUACAAGAUUUCCUCGAAUCCUCGAAUCAUGAAGACUUUCGUGUCAUUCCGGGGAAAGUCUUGAAUGACAAUACAGGAGCCGCUUUACUCCAGGGUGAAAAGGAUGUCUCAGCGGAAGCCGGAGACGUGAGUGCCAUCACAGUAAAGGAUGGUCAAUUCGGAUGGGAACAAGGAAAUAUGGUGUUGCACAAUAUCAACAUCAAGAUCCCUCAAUCCAAACUGACUCUUGUUGUUGGUCAUAUUGCAUCAGGAAAAUCUACCUUAUGCAAAGCACUCUUAGGAGAAAUACCUUAUCAGCACGGUCAAGUCACAUUGGUUAACCGAUUCGCGCGCAUCGGUUAUUGUGACCAAACUCCAAGGCUCUCAAAUGUGAGCAUCAAGGACAAUAUUGUUGGCUUCUCACCAUUUGACCCGGAAAGGUAUGCUGAGGUUGUGGACGCCACGAUGCUGAAAGCCGACUUCGAGACGCUUUCCCACGGCGAGAACUCCAACAUUGGUAGCAACGGGAUCACGUUGUCUGGCGGACAGAGACAGCGCGUAUCGCUAGCCCGGGCUCUCUACCUCCAAAUGGACCUUCUCGUGCUCGACGACAUCCUCUCUGGGCUUGAUGCAGAUACGGAAGAUCAAGUCUUCCGUCGUGUGUUCGGUAUCGAUGGCCUCGUCCGCCGGCGCGGCGCAACUGCUGUAUUUUGCACUCAUUCUGUUCGAAGCCUUCCCCAUGCCGAUCACAUCAUCGCCCUCGGGGCCAAUGGAACGGUUAUAGAACAAGGCGGCUUCGAAGAACUUCUUGCGAAUAAAGACUACAUACACAGCCUUGGCAUCAACGGCUCGGACGAUGCGAAAGAACGAAGAGGAGAAGAUCUUGCGCAGACCAUCAUGACCACAAACCCCUCGCCGUUCACUCCGGCAGGAAAAAAUGACGACAAAUCACGCCAGACUGGAGAUUUUAUGGUAUACAAGCACUACUUGAGGAGUAUGGGCUUGGUCGCUGGGAGUUCAUUGUUCCUGUUGGGUACCCUUUUAGGCUUCUUCUACAACUUCGCAACCAUCUGGUUGAAAUACUGGUCCGACAAUGCCUUUUCCUCGAGCUCGGCUCACUCUUAUGACUUUUACGUCGGCAUCUACGCCCUGCUCCAGAUUAGUUUCCUGCUUACAUUCGGCGCUCUGGGCUGGGUUCUUCUCGUCGUCACGAUGAAGAGAUCAGGAGCUUACCUACAUCGUGACGCCUUGCGCACAUUGAUGCAUGCUCCGCUUCAAUUCUUCACCAGGACUGACCAAGGAGUAAUUACCAAUCUCUUUUCGCAGCAUCUUAAUCUCGUGGACACCGAAUUACUUACGGCUCUUCUGACUCUAUUGUAUACUGUGUUCCUGACCAUUGGUCAAGCGGCAGUGCUCUUAACUUCUUCUCCCUAUAUUGCGAUAAGUUAUCCGUUUCUUGCAGUGUUGCUUUACAUUGUACAGAAAUUUUACCUUCGUACUUCGAGACAGUUGAGACUUCUGGAUCUUGAGGCGAAGAGCCCUCUUUACACACACUUCCUAGAUACGGUCAAGGGACUACUGACCAUGCGAGCUUUUGGUUUCGUCGCCGAAGAGCGAGCAAAAAACAUUCAGCUCUUAGACACCUCACAACGCCCAGCUUACCUCCUGAUCAUGAUUCAGCAGUGGUUGACACUCGUGCUGAAUAUGGUCGUCAUGAUUAUGGCAGUCAUCCUCACCACCCAGGCCGUGCGGCUGCGUUCCAAUUCCGGCUUCGCAGGUGCCUCGUUCGUCACCCUCAUGCAAUUCGGUGAAAAUCUCUCCGGUAUCGUCAUGUUCUACACCAUGCUCGAAACCUCACUUGGUGCCGUCAGUAGAUUACGGAACUUCAGUCUGAACAUCAUCCCAGAAGACAAACCAGAGAUAGAGGACAUUGAACCACCCGAAGAUUGGCCGCAGAAGGGGAAGAUUGAGAUAAAAAGCAUCUCAGCCAGUUACGGUGACAACUAUCCUGAUUCUACAAUGCCAGUCUUAGCGCUACGCAACAUCAACUUGACGUUCCACCCAGGUGAGAAAAUAGCGAUUUGCGGCCGUACUGGCAGCGGCAAGUCAUCACUCAUCGCGCUCUUGCUCAAGCUCCUCGACCCUCUCUCAUCCGAAGACAAUAACGCCUUUGUCAACAUAGAUGACACGCCAUUGCACCGAAUCAACCGAGCUACGCUCCGGCAGAGAAUCAUCGCUGUACCACAAGAUGCUGUCUUCCUUCCCGACGGCUCUUCCUUCAAAGCUAACUUGGACCCCAUGACAACGGAUGCUACUAGCAGUGCCGCUGACUACGAGUCUGUGUUACGGAUUGUUGAUUUGUGGGAACUCGUUGAGGAACGCGGUGGCCUUGACGCUGGUAUGACGCCCACUACACUCUCACAAGGCCAGCGGCAGCUUUUCAGUCUUGCCCGCGCGGUGUUGCGUAAGCGGUUGCGAGCCAGGGGUAAAGGUGGCGGUGUGCUAUUGCUGGAUGAAUUUAGCUCGAGCGUAGAUCGAGAGACUGAACGUGCGAUGCGGGAGGUAAUCCGCGUGGAGUUUCGGGAGUAUACAGUUGUCGCUGUGAGUCACCGUUUGGAUAUGAUUAUGGACUUUGAUACAGUAGUUGUUAUGGACAAGGGUGAGGUGAUCGAGGUUGGUAAUCCUCGGCAGAUGGCGGCGAAUGAAGGGACUAAAUUUCAGGAGCUGUGGAGUCUGGGUAGUGGGUAGAGAUUCUAGUCCAUUCUAUGCAAUAUAUGAUAUACC